AUGCCUUUUUUUUCUUCUUUUUCUUUCUUUUUUUUUCUAAAUCCUCCGUCAAUAUCGAAUGUCUCCUGCAAAUGGCUUUCUCUUGUAUUCCUCCACGGCUGCUGUUUCCGCUUUUUCUUCGGAAGUUCAAAGCUCCAUGCCGUGCCAUUGUGGCAGAAAGAACUAACGACUCACAGCAGGCACCGUUCUACGAGUUCUUCCUUCUUUCUUUCUUUUUUUUUCUUUUCUUUAUUCUCUGUCGGGAAGUUCCGAUUUAACUUUUCACUAAAUUCUACCCCCCCCACAACGUCUAUUGCUCUCUGUAUUUCUCUUAUUCUCUCAUUUUUUCUUUCUCUCUCUCUCUCUCUCUCUCUCUCUCUCUCUCUCUCUCUCUCUCUCUCUCUCUUUCUAUUUUAUCCUUUAAUGGUCUUUCAGGUUUUCUUUGAGGAUCUCACGUUUCUCGUUUCUUACGCCCUCUCUCUCUCUCUCUCUCUCUCUAUCUAUCUAUCUUACUUUAAUGUUUGUCUCUCUAUCUCUCUUCUUUCCAUGAUCCACGACAAAGUUCUUCGUUUUCUGUUUUAUUUACAUUUCCUUCUUCAUCUCUUUCUUAUUUCUCUCUCUCUCUCUCUCUCUCUCUCUCUCUCACUGCUUUGUUAUUUUUCCUUUACUUCGACUCAUUUUAACUCUCUCACUUUCCUCUCGCGAACUCACUCUCUCUUCACUUCUGUCUCUCUAUAUUCUUUGACCCUAGUGACGUAUUCUCCAAACUUUAUUCAUACCUAUCUAUCUAUCUAUCUAUCUAUCUAUCUAUCUAUCUAUCAGUUUGUUUCAUAUCUAUCUAUCUAUCAGUUUGUUCAUAUCUUUUCUCUCUCUGUUCAUAUCACUCUCCAUUUCUUCAUAUCUAUCUAUCUAUCUAUCUAUCUAUCUAUCUAUCUAUCUAUCUAUCUAUCUAUCUAUCUAUCUAUCUCAGCCUGUUCAUUACCCUAUCUAUUUAUCUCCGUUUGUUCAUAUCUAUCUACUAUCUUCAUUGUAAUUUUCUCUAUAAAAAGUAUGCAAUUUUUUUUGCUUUGUUCCCCCCAUCGCCUAUCUAUUAAAUUAUUCAUUUCGCCCCUUUUCUCCCCACCUUCUAUAUAUUUAUUAUUCUUCUUCUUCUUCUUCUUCUUCUUCUUCUUCUUCUUCUUCUUCUUCUUCUUCUUCAAUAUCUUUUAUUCUUCCCUUCCUGUAAUUGCUUAUUCUUCAUCGUUACCUUCUUCCUUUUCUUCUUUGCUGCACCCAAUGUCACUUUCAUCUUCUCUACCACUAAUUGCUUACUCUUCUUCUUCUUUUCUUCUUCUUCUUCUUCUUCUUCUUCUCAGAAAUAUAGACAUUUCUCGUUAA